AGCAGCCAAUUGGGUCCCGAAGCCUAAAAUUGGAGUCUUAAUCUUACCCUGCCUAUUUGGCAUUUUGAUUUAUGUCCUCCUAGCUCAAGCCGGCAGCUUCUCUUGUCCAAAAAAAGGGAGGGGUGAAAAACAAGACAAUCGAGUGUAGUUUAACCAUACUCUCCCGCACACAUGAGCUCACACCUAUUAGAUAACGGCGGAAGGAAGAGUCAGCGGACUUUAAAAGCCAUAAGAUAACGCGUGCAAGGUGGGAGACACAUUCCGAGGAGGGUUCCUUCGACUACACCAUGGAACAUAUAGGAGGGCAUCUCCACCAAACUCACGUUGACACCAUUAGUUUCGGGAUCGACCAGAUACUCAACAAUGCGGAUCAGGGGAGUUGCAUGAUCUCCAACCCGAGGAUGCAGGACCUGGACUACGGAUUGGGAAGUAUCGUCAGCACCGCUUACAACACCAUGACCGGCAACUACAACGGCAACAACACUGGUGGAUACAACGGCAACGCAGCUUGCAGCAUGGGCUCGCUGAACAGCACUUAUAACAUGAAUAUGGGCAUGAGCGUCAACGGGAAUGGUCUUAAUUCGUCGGGGGUUAUCCGUGUGCCCGCGCACCGACCGCUUAGCAGCAUGCACUCUUCAAUAACCACCAGCGGAGCUUCGGUGCCAAGUAUGGCAAACAUGGCUACCAUUAACAACCUCACGGGAUUAACGUUUCCCUGGAUGGAGAGUAAUAGAAGAUAUACCAAAGACAGAUUUACUACAGGUCACCCGUACCAGAAUCGGACUCCGCCGAAGAAGAAAAAGCCCAGAACGUCCUUCACUCGACUGCAGAUCUGCGAGCUAGAGAAGCGCUUUCACCGACAGAAGUACUUGGCUUCCGCGGAGAGAGCAGCCCUGGCCAAGGCACUCAAAAUGACUGAUGCACAAGUCAAAACAUGGUUCCAGAACAGAAGAACAAAAUGGAGGCGGCAGACAGCGGAGGAGAGGGAGGCUGAACGGCAGCAGGCGAACCGAAUUCUAAUGCAGCUCCAACAAGAAGCCUUCCAAAAGACUAUAAACCAGCCGGCCACCCCGGACCCUAUCUGCCUACACAACAGCUCCCUAUUUGCACUUCAGAACCUCCAGCCUUGGACUGAGAACACUGCUAAAAUGAGCAGCGUAUCAACCUGCGAAUAACUGUGGAUGUUUGCUCACUUUUCUCACAAUGGACAAGGAUAAUUUACAAAACAAGAAAUGGUUAUCUCUGAGGCAACGGUUUAUUUGUUUCUCCCUCAAACCGUUAUAUUUAUUCAGUUGUCUACGUAGGCCUACUAAUUUUAAUUUCGAUACUGCAUUUAGGUCGCAGGCAUAAAACCUAGAGGAAUGGGCUAUAUUUUUUUAGAUGCAAAUGAAUAGAAAACAAUUUUAGAGCCAGAAGACAUUUAUUUUGGGGGUCAAAUUAGACAGGCCACUGUACUGCUUCAAAUCCGGAUUCACAGCUAGCUUUGCUGAGUCUAUAUGAUUGACAAUAGUGCAGGUCUAAAAAAAUGUAGGUUUUUUUGCACUAGGCCUAUAUAAA